GGCCAAAACACACUGACUGAAUGUAAAGAGAGCAGCUCUGUCUCAGGCUGUAGUUUGGGACUUUGGCCAAAAGUAUGUAGACAUCUGCACUGACUCACACACUCCGAUGCUCCUCUCAACAUUCAGCCACUUCUCUUUCUUCCACUUGGCUGCCAACAUGUACGUCCUCUGGAGCUUCUCCACCAGCGCCGUCUCUAUGCUGGGCAGAGAGCAGUUCAUGGCCGUCUACCUGUCUGCAGGUGUCGUAUCUACGUUUGUCAGUUAUAUUUGUAAGAUGGCCACAGGGAGGUUCGGUCCGUCUCUGGGAGCCUCUGGAGCUAUAAUGACCGUUCUAGCUGCCGUCUGCACCAAAAUGCCAGAAGCCAAACUGGCCAUCAUCUUCCUCCCAAUGUUCACCUUCACUGCUGCCAACGCGCUGAAGGCCAUCGUUGCCAUGGAUACAGCCGGCGUGGUGUUGGGAUGGAAGUUCUUUGACCACGCAGCUCAUUUAGGAGGAGCUUUAUUCGGAGUGUAAGUUGGUGUUUCGACCAAUCACAGCAGGCGCUCCGAUGCCUUCCUGACUUUGGUUUUUAUCGGUUUCAGUUCUCCAGAAACAGAUUGAUUAUUGAUUAUUGAUUGAUUGGCAAGAGAUAAAAACUCUGAGGAGUAAUUUUUGCUCCUUCAUUAAAACGCUGUUUGCAGCUUUGUGGUCGUUUAUCAAUAAUAUUUGGAUCAAUUGUUCCUGGUUUCCCAUCAUGCUCUCAUGCACGACCUGAGGACCCGAGGAGGGCCAGGCAGAGGAGGCGGCAGCGACGACGGCGGCACCGCGUAGGACGCCCAACCACCGGGGCUGCUGGGAAAAUGUAAAGAUGUAUAAAAUGUACAGAAAGAAGCCGCCGCGGCGUUCGGCUUCAACAGGAAGUAAAGCUGGAGUUCAAAUAAUGACUCAUCGUAUUUCUAUCGAUAACCGACGUGAACGAUUCCAGUUUGUUUCCCUGCAGAGACGCUAAUUAUUAUUUAGUUGCCAUGGAGACGGAUUGUAUUGUUUCUGAUUGUGUUUCUGUUCAUCGUUCGACAAAACGUCUCGAUUUCAGCCAUAAUAUAAAUAAUAACAAACACAAACACAGCAUUUCAUCUAUUUCCUGAAGAAAACUACAUAUUGUAAUACGUUUAUUAUUAUAAUUAUUAUUAUUAUUGAUAUUAAUCUCUGGUUUUCCACAAACUUCCUGCAGUUAUUGUGUUCACUGUUGAUCAGUUACUGUUAUUGAUCAAUACAAUAUGAACUACAGUCAGGUUGGGAACCACCAUGAUACACUCUGGAUCCAGAACUUGUUUCAGGACUCUGGUCCAUCAGAGGAGUCGGGAUAAACAUUCUGUUUGUGUCUUUCUGCUUAUUUAUGUUUGUUUGUUUGUUUUCUUUCCAAUAAAUAAAACUGAUCAGAAACGA